AUGGCGGGAGAUAACAAGCUCAUCAAUAAGGACACUACGUUGAUUGAAUCAGACAAAGAAGAUUUGGAGAGCAUAGGGGGAGAAGGAGGAAGAGAGCAUCACCACCAAAGGUCUGAAGUUUCUUUGUUGGGAAACAACAAAGAUGAAGCAGAAGGAGAUCAGUUGAGUGAAGAUGAGGGUUCUGAAGACUCAGAUAGAUACUUCCUACUUGUUAGAGUGAAGAGGCUACGCAACAGAUUUUAUGACAAGCAUGGCAAUCCAAACACUACUCCUGAGCCAAAGAGGAAGAAAGGAAGGAAGGCAGAUAAGCCAAGGAAGAAACCCUCCAAGUCCGGAAAGAAGAAGCAGACUGACAAGAAAAGGAAAAAGGGGAAGAAGAAAGCCUUUUCAGACUCCUCUUUGUUGUCCUCUGGUUCAGAUUUGGACUCACUGCCCAAAAGGUUUGACUUGGACUCAGAUUCACCUUCUUUCUCAAUAGAGAACCCAGCAGAUUCAGACUCUUCUGAUUUGGAUUCUUUGUCUAGCUCAGAAGAAGAGACCUCCAAAUCUAAUAAGGCAAAACCCUUCAAAAAGAUGAAUGAUUACGUCCCCCUCUCCAUAUUCCUACGUAAGAACAAUGAUUGCCAAGGCACAAAAGAUCCUGAGUUGCUGAAAGGCUAUACUUCAAAAGGGAUGAUUCAGGCUGAAGUGGACAGUGACCAGAACAUGGAAUUUGGUGAAUCUGUGGAGGCGAGCAAUCUCCAAGCAAGAUAUGCAGGUGAACUGUACAGCCCCAGGAACCGGGCAUGCCAAAAUCAGGGUGGAACUUCAGGACUGGGAAUUAAGCCUCAGAUUGUGUGCAUUAAAAGCAACCAAAAGUCCAAAGUCCUGCAUAGUCAAAAGCUAGCAGUUCCACCAACCACUGGAAGUCUAGACACCAAAGUAGAGGGAAAUAUCAGAAAGUUCCUCACUCAAACAACCACCAUUCUGGAGGAAAUGCACAAGAAACUUACCAAAAAGUGA